GAGUUUUGGACGGUUCGGGGUUUUAGACUUUCCGUUUUUGUUCAACUGGAAUUAGGGUUUUGUGGGUCUUGAUUCUCGUUGAGAAGUAGGGUUUUUAUAUUUUAGGCUCGGCCGCUAGGGUUUUUGGGACCUUAUUUUAACAAAGGUUGUUGGUGAUUUUAGCACAGCUAGGGUUUUGGGCUUCCGGGGGCUUUAUGGAUACAUCCUCUCCUCUUUGAACCAGUACAGCUGGUUGCAUUUAAGGUUUUCAGUUAUUUUUUUAUCCUCAUCUUCUUGUUGGGAUUCUGCAUUAUCUCUCUGAUUGGGGUGUUGAAUUUGAUCGUGGUUUCUUUACAUCUCUCACAAUAGUUGAACUUCUGAUCAAUUACUUAUCUGUUAUUUUUCUUCACUUGAAAAAUCCUCCACCCUAGUUUUGGCUGAACUCUCAUUUAUAUUAGUAUAUUUUCUGGUCAUUUCCUCUUCUGGGUUUCCGAAAUUUUAUUGGUGUCUGUGUUUUCUCUGCCAUUAUUCCUCUGCUUCAUCUUUUACAUAACCAAAAACCCAGAAAACGGAUCCUAUAUCUACCAAUAUGAGUGUUCCUGCUCCUCCCCCGUCAUUCUUCAUGCCACCUUUUGCUGCCGGCGGCGAUGCAAUAGGAUUCUGGCCUCAACUCCCCGUCGAUAAUGAAAACUCAGAACCUGCUUCUCGUGCGGACUUCCCGCCAUUGAAGAGGCCCAGAAGUUUCGAAGAUGUCCCCUCAAAUUCCUUGAACAACCCGCUUCCGAAUCCGAGGGUGCUCCCGCCGAACCCUCCAGUUAACAAAGGAAUAAGCAGAAUCUUCUUCAAAACCCGUCUCUGUUCUAGAUUCAAGGCGGGUACCUGCCCGUAUGGGAGCAACUGCAACUUCGCCCAUGGAAUCGAUGAUAUCCGGAAGCCCCCACCGAAUUGGCAGGAAAUAGUUGCUGCCCACGCCCACGAGGAAGAUCGAGCGGCCGGGAAUUGGGAUGAAGAUCAGAGAAUCAUCAGUAAGUUGAAGCUAUGCAAAAAGUUUUGCAGUGGUGAGGAAUGCCCAUAUGGGGAAAGAUGCAAUUUCCUUCACGAGGAUCCAUCGAAGUUCAGGGAAGAUUCCGGUAGGUUUAGGGAGAGCUCGGCAAUAAGCAUUGGGACUACAGGAUCUCCAGGGGGUAAUGGAACUGGGGUUGAUCAACAGGAAGUUAAUGGGUCUGGAAAUUCCAGCUUUGAUGUGAACCGGAUGAAUCCGAAGCCUGUGUUUUGGAAGACAAGGAUCUGUAACAAGUGGGAGACAACUGGUCACUGCCCCUUCGGUGAGAAAUGUCACUUCGCUCAUGGGCAAGCUGAACUGCAGAAAUAUGGAGGCCAUACUGAAGUAGAAUCAGGAAAUGCAGGCACCUUUCUGCCCAAACCUCUUCCUAAUCUUGCCCAAGAUGUAUCACCUACUAGUACAGUGAUAGGGGCUACCAGUAAGCAGCAGGUGCAGGGUAAAAAGUGCUUGCUGAAGUGGAAAGGACCUGAAAAGAUUAGUCGCAUUUAUGCCGAUUGGAUUGAUGAUUUGCCCCUUGCUUACAAUUCACCAAACAAAGUUGAGAGCUGAUCCUCACAUUCAAGUCGUGCUUCCCAGUUAAAUUCAGAUUUCUGUAUGACCAGUUUUCAUCAGGAUUAGGAAAUUUUGAUAGGUUUUCACUUCGCAGUCCAGUGGAUUUUUGACCAUAUAGUGAUUUGGGUUUUGCUUUGCUUGAGAGAGAUGGAUAAUUAGGUGAGAUGUAAUUCUUUUCCAAUUUUGGUCAUUGGAUGGGGUUCCUAACCUCAUCUAGCUAUCUUCAUUUUUGUUUUUCAUUUCUUGAUUGAUUUUCUUGAUUAAAGGUGAAGUUUAAAUGUUCAUAAAUAUAGAUAAAAAGUAGCCAUCAAAUGUAAAUUCUGGUUGCCUACGUUUGUAUUCUUUCUCCCAAUGUCAAGGCGCAGGUUUUAUACA